AGCCCCAGCGCUCACGGCGAUAGCCGCGGCGACCGCGACAGCGGUGGGGGACGCUGCUGAGUCGAAGAGAGCGCAUCCUGGCCACCGGACUUACUUAACUCGCCUUGCUGAUUGUCUAUUUUUACGAGUUUACAACUUUUCUAAGAACUUUCGUAUACAAAGGAACUUUUUUUUUUAAAGGCAUCUCCCUUUUAUAUUUAAUCCAAAGAAGAAGGAUCUCGGGCAAUUUGGGGUUUUGGGUUUUGUCUUCGUUUCUAAUUUUUUUUUCCUCUUCUUUGGCUUUGGGGUUCGGGUACCCCUACUGCUUCGGACUCCGAGGACCUUUUGGGCCCCCACAUUAAUGAGGCAGCCGCCUGGCGAGUCUGACAUGGCUGUCAGCGACGCGCUGCUCCCGUCCUUCUCCGCGUUCGCGUCCGGCCCGGCGGGAAGGGAGAAGACUCUGCGUCCAGCAGGUGCCCCGAAUAACCGCUGGCGGGAGGAGCUCUCCCACAUGAAGCGACUUUCCCCAGUGCUUCCCGGUCGCCCCUAUGACCUGGCGGCCGCGACCGUGGCCACUGACCUGGAGAGUGGAGGAGUCAGCGCGGCUUGCGGCAGCAGCAACCCGGCUCUCCUGCCCCGGAAGGAGACGGAGGAGUUCAAUGAUCUCCUGGACCUGGACUUUAUCCUCUCCAACUCGCUGUCCCAUCAGGAGUCCGUGGCCGCCACGGUGUCCUCCUCGGCAUCAGCCUCAUCCUCGUCCUCCCCGUCGAGCAGCGGUCCAGCCAGUGCGCCCUCCACCUGCAGCUUCAGCUAUCCAAUCCGGGCCGGGGGCGACCCGGGUGUGGCGGCGCCGGGCGGCGCGGGCGGCGGCCUCCUCUACAGCCGGGAGUCUGCACCCCCUCCGACGGCUCCCUUCAACCUGGCGGACAUCAACGAUGUGAGCCCCUCCGGCGGCUUCGUGGCCGAGCUCCUGCGGCCCGUGGCCGAGCUCCUGCGGCCCGAAUUGGACCCAGUGUACAUUCCGCCGCAGCAGCCGCAGCUGCCAGGUGGCGGGCUGAUGGGCAAGUUCGUGUUGAAGGCGUCACUGAGUGCCCCUGGCAGCGAGUACGGCAGCCCGUCGGUCAUCAGUGUUAGCAAAGGCAGCCCGGACGGCAGCCAUCCAGUGGUGGUGGCGCCCUACAGCGGCAGGCCGCCACGCAUGUGCCCCAAGAUCAAGCAGGAGGCUGUCUCCUCGUGCACCGUCGGUCGGCCCCUAGAGGCCCACUUGCGCAUUGGACCUCCUCUCAGCAAUGGCCACCGGCCGCCUGCGCACGACUUUCCCCUGGGGCGGCAGCUCCCCAGCAGGACUACCCCGACCCUGGGUGCGGAGGAACUGCUGAGCAGCCGGGACUGUCAUCCUGCCCUGCCGCUCCCCCCGGGCUUCCAUCCCCACCCCGGGCCCAACUACCCUCCCUUCCUGCCCGACCAGAUGUAGCCGCAGGUCCCACCGCUCCAUUCCCAAGAGCUCAUGCCACCCGGUUCCUGUAUGCCAGAGGAGCCAAAGCCCAAGAGGGGGAGACGGUCUUGGCCCCGGAAAAGGACGGCCACUCACACUUGUUAUUACGCAGGCUGCGGCAAAACCUACACCAAGAGUUCUCAUCUCAAGGCACACCUGCGCACCCACACAGGUGAGAAACCUUACCACUGUGACUGGGACGGUUGUGGGUGGAAGUUUGCCCGCUCAGAUGAACUGACCAGGCACUAUCGCAAACACACGGGGCACCGCCCCUUCCAGUGCCAGAAGUGCGACCGGGCAUUCUCGAGGUCGGACCACCUCGCCUUACAUAUGAAGAGGCACUUUUAAAUCCCCAAACAGUGGAUGUGACCCACACUGCCAGAAGAGAGUUCAGUAUUUUUUACCUUUCACACUGUCUUCCCGGUGAGGGGAGGAAGCCAGCUGGAAAGCACUACAAUCAUGGUCAAGUUCCCAACAAGUCAACUUGUGAAUGGAUAAUCAGGAGACACAAGGAAACCAAAAGACAAACUCAAAACAAAAACCAGAUGGGGUCUGUGACUGGAUCUUCUAUCAUUCCAAUUCUAAAUCCAACUUGAAUAUAUAUAUUCCUGGACUUACAAAACGCCAAGGGGGUGACUGGAAGUUGUGGAUAUCAGGGUAUAAAUUAGAUCUGAGAGUUGGGGGGAGGGAAGACCAGAACCCCUUGAGAAUUGUUUUGAUGCAAUAUAAGCAUAAAGAUCACCUUGUAUUCUGUUUGCCUUCUAAAAGCCAUUAUGACGAUCUUAGAAGAAGAGGAAGAAGAAAUUCAGGUACAGAAAAUGGUGUUUAAUAGCCUAAACGAUGGUGCUUGGUAAGUCUUGGUUCUAAAGGUACCAAAUGAGGCCAAAGUUCUCAAACUGCUGCAUACUUUGACAAGGAAAAUCUAUUUUUGUCUUCCGAUCUACAUUUAUGACCUAAGUCAGGUAAAUACACCUGGUUUACUUUAAUCUUUUUAUGCAGACAGUCUGUUAUGCACUGUGGUUUCAGAUGUGCAAUAAUUUGUACAAUGGUUUAUUCCCAAGUAUGCCUUAAGCAGAACAAAUGUUUUUUCUAUAUAGUUCCUUGCCUUAAUAAAUAUGUAAUAUAAAUUUAA